AGAAAGAGAGAAAAAAGAAGAGGGAGAGAGAAAAAGAGAAGAAAGAAGAGAAGAGAAAGAGAAAAAGAAGAAAGAAAAAGAAGAAAAAGACAGAGAAAGAAAGAAAAAAAAGAAAAAAGAAAGAGAGAGAGGGAAUAAAAGAGGAAGAAAAGAAGAGAAAAGAAAAUAA